AUGUCGGUCAUCGCGGAUCCGCUUCCGGCUUGGGUGUACGAGAGCAAGCAAGGUCCCGUCAUUGGCGCCGUGACCUUGUUCAGCGUGCUUGCUAUCGCUGCGGUGAUCCUCCGGUUUAAAUGUCGGUUAUUGGUACGAGCCGGUCUUGCUAUUGAUGAUUGGCUUAUACUGGCAGCUUUACCGGUUGCCCUUGCGGAAGCUAUCUGUGUAGCAUACACGACGAAGGAUACCUUGGGAAGACAUAUCCAAGUCGUCUCAGCACCCGCCCUCUUAGAGGGCGGCAAGAUGUUCUUCACUAUCCAGAUUCUCUGGAUUAUCUCUAGCGCCAUCGUCAAGCUAUCAAUUCUAGCCUUCUACCUGCGCGUUUUCAGUAUCCUAGACUACAUCCGGUUCAGCGCAUGGUUCCUCAUUGUCAUGGUCACCUGCUGGUUAAUCGGCUCAACGGUUGCUCACGGUCUUCAGUGCCAACCAGUCGCCAAAAUAUGGCAAGACUCAUUGCCAGGGCAUUGCUUAGAUACCGAAUCACUCUUCUUAAUCGGCUCAAUCGCUGACGUCGUGAUGGACUUCUUAAUUCUCGCCUUACCUCUACCAGCGAUAAUCAGACUGCAGAUGCCGCUAUCUAGGAAGCUUGAGCUCGUCGUUAUCUUCGCUCUUGGUGGCUUGACGUGUGUGCUCAGUCUUGUCCGCUUCCUUGAAGCCAAAGACUCCAUCUACGAUCGAUCUGAUAUAACUUGGAAAUCUUGGUUUCCAUUAAUCUGGGGUGUAGCCGAGCCGUGCUUGGGCACUUUAUGCGCUUGCCUUCCGAUACUACAACCGCUGAUGCAAGGUCUGAAAGAGGGCGUGACGAAACUGUCAUCGUCAGCUACCACGUUUAUUCCUAACAACAACAAAAAUUUCAAUGGAGCGCAGCAUUCGUGGAAGCCUAAACUUUCUCACCGAGACAGAGGUGUUGAGAUUCCCACCUCGUCGGAAGUAAAUUUGCAGGAAGUACCCAGUAGUAGGCACUGGGAUAGUGAAGCAUCAUGUGUUAUUUGA